AAAGUUCCUAUUCUGGGAUCUUGUCGGUGCUGUCUAGCCGUGCUGAGGUUCAGGGUCAUGGGCCCAUUAAACACACAGCGAAGUCGGUGUAAACUGACUUGAUCCUCCCUCCGUUCACCGUGGUUUCUCCUCUUCGCCUGUGUGUGUCUGUGUCCCGUGUUAUUUUCUCCCCCCCAGACAUUGUCAACACUCCCAAACCCGAUGAAAGAGCCAUCAUGACUUACGUCUCCUGCUUCUACCAUGCUUUCGCGGGAGCGGAGCAGGCCGAGACAGCAGCUAACAGAAUAUGUAAGGUUCUUGCUGUGAAUCAAGAGAAUGAGAGGCUGAUGGAAGAAUAUGAGAGGCUAGCGAGUGAGCUCUUGGAAUGGAUUCGGCGCACCAUCCCCUGGCUCGAGAACCGGAUGCCCGAAAAGACCAUGCAGGCCAUGCAGAAGAAACUGGAGGACUUCCGGGAUUAUCGGCGCAAGCACAAGCCCCCCAAGGUUCAGGAGAAGUGCCAGCUGGAGAUCAACUUUAACACGCUGCAGACCAAGCUGCGGAUCAGCAACCGGCCGGCCUUCAUGCCCUCUGAGGGCAAGAUGGUGUCG